UGUCAGAACUCCUGGACUGGAUUGCAGUGAUGGCUUAUGAUUACCAUGGACAGUGGGACAAACGUACAGGUCAUGUGGCUCCCAUGUACGCUCACCCCGAGGAUGAUGAUGUCACUUUUCAAUACGGUAAAUUUUGUUUCCAAAUUAGUCUGGAUGAGUUUCUGGCACAUGUUACUUAUUGCAGUGUGGGUGUGUUAAGGGAUGGAAGAAGAGGCUCUUUUCUAAACCCCAGUUUUCUAAACACCAGUAUCACACUCACUUUGUCACCCAACAUGCUACCCAUAGCAGCAUGUGUCAAUGUCAGUAGGAUGAACUUCACCAAUCCAUUACUGGGCAUCUCUCAGGGAGCUGAUAGGCGCAAGCCUGGUGCUAGGUUAUGCCGAUGUAAUGGACAGAGCUUCAGCCUGGCUGAUCUCAAGGACAAUGAUCUCAAUGCCCCCACAUAUGGUGGAGGAGAGGCUGGAGAAGAAACAAGAGCCAGAGGUUUCCUGGCGUACUACGAGGGUAGGACCCAGGAUGGCCAAAUUGGUCCAUAUGCCCGCAGGGGGACCAGUGGGUUGUCAUUUGACGACCAAGCAAUGAUCCAUCACAAGUCGGAAUACGUGUUGCACAACAACCUUGGUGGUGCCAUGAUCUGGGCUCUGGAUCUCGAUGACUUCAGGAACCAGUGCGGUUGUGAGAAGUACCCGCUGCUGCGUACCAUCAAUCGAGUGCUGCGCAAGUAUCCUGUCCGGGUCCUGACUGUAGUCUUGACUCAAAGGUUUGCAGGAAGCCGAGACCAGGGCUGCACGACUGCGGAAGCUCAUAGCAGUGAUUGCUCUCGCUACUAUGCUUGCAUUGAUGGCAAGCGAGUUGAAAGAGUCUGCCCUUCCAACCUGCACUUUAAUGCUGCUGACUGUCAUUAUUCGGAAACUGGUACUAACGCCAGUAGUAGAGAGACAGUUGCCACUGGAUCGCGUCCUCCACAGCCAUCUGAUGCCAAGGUGAUCUGCUACUUUACCAAUUGGGCGUGGCACAGGAAAGGAGUGGGCCAGUUCCUACCAUCGCACAUCAACCCCAGUCUCUGCACUCACGUUGUGUAUGCAUUUGCUGUUCUUGAUCCCAAAACACUCACAGUGCGUUCGCAUGACGAAUGGACGGACUUGGACAAUGACUUCUACAGCCAGGUGACAGCUUUGAAAUACUCAUGGGCCUGAAGGGUACCUUCUUGG